UCCGUACGACUGCUAAAGAAUGACCCAGUCAACUUCCAGAAGUUCCCCUACACUAGUGAGGACGAGGCCUGGAAGACCUACCUGGAAAACCCCUUGACGGCCGCCACGAAGGCCAUGAUGAGGGUCAAUGGCGACGACGACAGUGUGGCGGCCUUGAGCUUCCUCUAUGACUACUACAUGCUUCAAGCCGACUGCAAAGAAAACUUCAACACCGUGCAGCACAUCGAGGAGGUGGCCUAUAACGCAUUGUCCUUCGUGUGGAAUGUCAACGAGGAGGCCAAGGUGUUCAUCGGUGUCAACUGCCUCAGCACAGACUUCUCCUCGCAGAAGGGGGUGAAGGGCGUCCCCCUGAACCUGCAGAUCGACACCUACGACUGUGGCUCGGGCGCUGAGCGCCUGGUGCACCGCGCCGUCUGCCAGAUCAAGAUCUUCUGUGACAAGGGAGCAGAAAGGAAAAUGCGGGAUGAUGAACGAAAGCAGUUCCGGAGGAAGGUCAAGUGCCCCGACUCCAGCAACAGCGGUAUGAAGGGCUGCCUGCUGUCUGGCUUCAGGGGCAAUGAGACCACCUACUUGCGGCCUGAGGCUGACCUGGAGACCCCACCGGUGCUGUUCAUCCCUAAUGUGCACUUCUCCAGCCUGCAGCGUCCCGGAGGGGUGAGGGUCUUGGGCCAGAGAGGGUCUCGGCCCCUGGGUGCCGCUGUCAGCACGGUCCACGCGCCGGCUGCGUUAACCUUCACUACCUCCCCGGGAGAUCGAUACCACGACUCUCCCUGGACUUGUGGGCUGGACGUUGAGGCGGAGACCAAAACCACACGGCUGCCUCUGAAGCGCUCCUGCUCACCCUUCGCUGAGGAGUUUGAGUCUCUGCCCUCCAAAAAAGCCAAGGAAGACGAUCUUCAGAGAGUUCUGCUGUAUGUGCGGAGGGAGACCGAGGAGGUGUUUGACGCCCUCAUGUUGAAGACGCCAGACCUGAAGGGGCUGAGGAAUGCGAUCUCUGAGAAGUAUGGGUUCCCUGAAGAGAACAUUUACAAAGUCUACAAGAAAUGUAAGCGGGGAAUCUUGGUCAACAUGGACAACAACAUCAUCCAGCACUACAGCAACCACGUCGCCUUCCUGCUGGACAUGGGGGAGCUCGAUGGCAAGAUUCAGAUCAUCCUGAAGGAGCUGUGA